UCAGGGCCAAUUAUAUCCUGUCAAUCAAAAGAGUGCGGGAAAACACAUCAAUUUAUUGCUGUGUGUAAAGAAGAUGUGUCUUGUGUUGAAUGACGACAAAGCUCCAGUUUGUAAUCUCUGUAAGCUCUGCACUGCUAAAAUUUUACACCAGAAGUGAGCAGCAGCGAAAUCGAGUCUACUCCCCCCCAGUGCAGGAGCAUCGUGCAAGUCACUUAUACAUUCAGUUAUUUACAUUUAGUUAUUUAAAAAAUCUUUGCAUUAGGAGCAAGGCUCUCUCAUUAGUCAAAAACCUGCUUCAAGUAGCAUUUCAUCCAUUUAACUGCUUCACUACAACAAUGUUGGUAAAUUGUAGAUCACAUUUCUCAUCUGAACAAGGAUAAGUUUCAGAGAUCACAUCUAGAAAUAUUCAGGUCAGCCAUCCCCAGACCAGCAUCCUUUCCCAGGCUGUGAAGGUAAACUUCGAGAAUGUGGUGAUUUGCAUCAGUGAAAUUGUUCUUUCUGUCUCUAGACAUAACAGGAAUCAAGUCUGACUGGAAAAGCACAAAACUGGUUUCACACAGAAAUAGCAAAAGUCCAUGUCAAGCACACACUCCUCCCUAUUCACUAAAGCAAACAGUCAAGACCUGACUCAGAUUUUACAUACAUUCACAGAGGGGUAGAGAAAUCAAAUCCUCGUCCUAAAGCAUACGGCAAAAUGGUAUCUCAGAAACUUCAAAUCCUGGGCCUCGUUCUGGCACUUAUUGGUUUUGUUGGCAUCAUUGUCAUCUGUGGUUUACCAGCCUGGAAGAUGUCUGCUUUCAUUGGAGCCAACAUUGUGACUUUCCAGGUGUAUUGGGAAGGCUUAUGGAUGGAUUGUGUGGUUCAAACCACAGGCCAGAUGCAGUGUAAGGUCUACGAUUCCCUCCUUAUUCUUCCUGUACAUCUGCAGGCAGCUCGAGCCUUGAUAAUCGUCGCCCUUGUUGUUGGAAUCUUUGGAAUUAUUGUAACCAUCAUUGGCGGCAAAUGCACCAGUUUUGUACAGGAUGAGAGUGCCAAGGCUAAGAUCGCCAUCACUAGCGGGAUAAUCUUCAUCAUCACAGGGAUUCUCGUCCUCAUUCCAGUGUGCUGGACCACAAAUGCUAUUAUCAGGGACUUUUACAACCCUGCCCUUACGGAUGCCCAAAGGAGGGAACUGGGACCCUCAGGUAGGGUUGGGAUACAUUUGUUGGGCAGUAUUCUUGCCCUGCUUGGCUGGGUGGGCGUCCUUCUCUCCUGCAUCAUACCAAUGUGGCGCGUGACUAGCUUCAUGGGUGCAACCAUUGUUACCUCUGAGAUCAUAUGGGAAGGCAUCUGGAUGAACUGUGUGGUACAAAGUACAGGUCAGAUGCAAUGUGACCCUUAUGACUCCAUGCUGGUUCUCAACUCUGAUCUGAAGGCAGCUCAGGUGCUCACCGUAGCAUCGCUUCUGACUGGCUCACUGGGACUUAUACUGGCCUUCGUCGGAGGAAAAUAUACUCGCUUUCUGGACUACAGUAGUGGAGCUGCAAAAGAUAGAGUUGCCACUGCUGCUGGUGUGACACUGAUCAUUAGUGCCCUGCUCUGUCUGAUUCCUGUCACAUGGGCUGCGGUUGCUGUGAUCCAGAUCUUUUACAACCCACAGAUAAUUGACGCCCAGCGCAGAGAGAUUGGUGCAGCUAUCUACAUUGGCUGGGGCGCAUCCAUCCUUCUCUUACUGGGUGGUGGUAUGCUCUGUAGCACAUCCUGUUCGCAGAAGGCAGAAGAUGACAGUCCUUUAGUCAACUACAGGUUUGUACGUUCAUCUGGAGCUGGAUCUAGCAUCAGAAGUUCACGGCACAUCCGGGUCCACAGCCCAAGCCAGAAUAGAAAGAUACUGGUGAGGUCUGAUGGUGCUCCAGUCAAUCAUCAGCAGCAGCAGCACAAAACAACCUCUGAAGGAUCCAAGAAGAGCAAGACAUCGACUACAAAAUCGGAAGAGCCCAUGAUCGAGCCUGAGCGAAGUGAUGGGCCGUCUACAAAGUCCCAGCAGAAUCACCUAGGCUCUGACCACAGCCUGGGCUCUUCUGAAAGUGAAGUCGCUUCCUCAUGUCCUGAGAAGACCUACAUCUGAUCUGGAAAGACCCCACAACAGCAUCAUAUGAUGCAUCACAUACAUAUUCAGAAUCAAAAAAGGAUUUUAAUGAAGGAAUAAUCACAAAAUUGGACAUUCUGAUAAAGCAUAGUGUAUUGAUUUGUACCAUAGAUGAUGCUUCAAAAGUCUUCACUGGUACCUCAGGGUGUACUGAUUUAUCUUGUUAUAGAUAGAUAGAUAGAUAGACAGACAGACAGACAGACAGACAGAUACAUAUUCUAUUUAGAAUUUUUUUCUAAUUUAAUACAG